AGAAAAAGACUUGGUACUCGAACCAUUGUGCUUGUGCAAACCACCACCAAGGUCCAUUCGAUGGAUCAUAGCCCGGUUGUGUUGGGCCGAACCGUUUUCUUUGUCCCUAUACCAAACACCAUCCAUCUUUCUUCACUUCUCCUCGAGAUCUCAUCUCGGAGAAACCGAGGACGACUCAGAUGGUUAACCACCGCCGAAGGAGCGUCGGCCAUGGUGGAUUCCGUUUGUGAAGUGCUCUAUAAAACCCGCCGUCACGCCUGCAGGCCCUACACUCCUAAUUAUCCACCCGUUCAACAGUCAACUGCAGGUGCUAAAGGGGGUUUGGUAUCGCCUCUUUCUGCUCGAGGUGGAGGAGGAAAGGAGUUAGUACAGGAAUCAGAAGAGAAUAAACAAACCUGUAUUCCUCUUUGUUUCCCCAAGAGGUGAACGUGCUGUUAAUCGAAUUCGAUUCAGAACUUUGCGAAUGAAAGAUGACGUCCAGGAGCCAGGAGAUUUAUUUGCUUCUUACUCUAUAGUUUUUAAAGAUGCAAACGGUGAAGAGAUAAAGGGAUUACAAGGAGGCAUUUAAAAGGGGCUACCGGUUCUAGGACUGAUUAUCUUCAUAUUAUUGAGAUCAGUCAGGAGGCAAACGCUAUUGGCUUAACUUCCAAGAGGCAAUGCUCUCAGAACAUCUCUGCUUGUCCUUGUUGGUAGCACUAGUGGCAUCUUAACAACCUCUCUUGGGAAAUUUGUUAAUUUCUAUUUUUAUUUCUUCUCUUGUUAGGAUCUCACUUGAGUCUAGAACAGUUAAGGGUGAUGUAGGUAAACACUAGAGCAAUUUUAAUAAAGCUCUGAUCAUGUU